CAAGGAAACACGUCCUGGCAAACCUGUGCCGGUGCCCUACGCACCCGCCCUGACGUUGUGCAGUGAACGAGAUCGAACAUACGCUGUGAUUAGUUUUCAGUGCAGGUUUCGACCAACAGUGAUUGUGAACGUGACAAAUAAAAAAAUUGUGAAUUGAGUGCACUAUGCAGUUAUAUACGUUAUGAAUGGUCUGGACCGCUGCUUCUUCGAUCAACGUGAGUCGCAACAGCAUGGGGAUGACUGCGGUUACAGUUAUAUAAGCCUGGGCCGCCUACACCCCUACGGCUCGGGCAGCGGCUCGAGCAGCGGCAGCGGCCGGCGCCGCACGCGCCGCGGCCUGUCCGACUCCCCCACCGCACCCACCACCCCCACCUCGGCCUCAGACAACGCGUCCGACGCCACGCUCACCGACUCGGAGCUACCGCUCGCGCGGGACUCUACGCUGCUGGUUCAAAACGGCAUGCUGAGAUCUACCUACGACCGCCCAGAUCACGAACGUUGUCUACUCGACGGACCCCGGCCGCCGCCUGAUGUGCCGCCCCGCAACCCAACCAUGUCCCGAUUGAACGGCCGCAUCACCGGCAACCCGGCCGACUUAGUCGACUUCGAACCCUCGUGCCUCGUGCGCACACCUUCUGGAAACUUCUACGUGCCUUCAGGGGACAUACAAAAGAAUCCGUCUAUGGACUACAAGUCUAACUCGUCGUGCAGCAGUCCAGGAAAGCAAGAGAAAGGAACCUUAGAGAGGAUGGACCGGAGUGACCGGCACCCUGCCUUCGGCGUGCCCGUGCCCGUUCUCCCCGUGAGAAACAACCUCAGGGCGACCCACUUCCCCCCGGCCGCCUCCCGAUUCCACUUCAGAAAGGGGCUCUCGUCGAGGUGCUCUUGGAAGUGUACUGCCAUCGUGUUUAUAGUCUUAUUUGUCCUUCUUUUAUCUAUUGCCUCUUAUAUGUCAGCGUCCUAUUUUACUGACAACUGGUCAUAUCAAAACGCAAAACCUUGUUCAGUGUUAGUUGGUGAUUCAACGGAUAAGUUCCCAGCUUCGAAAGCGACGACACUCGAGUCAACUAACAAAUCUUUAGCAAGACCGCAUCAAAGUUCGACGUCGUCAGCCUCAGGUAAAGGGGAAAGUCACUCGCGCCCACGUAGAAGUAUAGAUGGGCAUGCUUCUUUACCUUCUGUUUCUUCCACGGAUUCUUUUACUGUAGAUGUGCAUGAAUUAAUCACUUCGCCUUCUGAGACCACUAGUAGCUUAGUGCAUGGUGUGUCUUCGGAGGAUACUGUCACACAGCAAACGGAAGUCACCAUGGUUUCUAACGAUGCUUCUGUGUCUAGCAGUGUUGGUGUUUCGGUUAAUACUGGUGAUCUAACAACUAAUAACACAGCGCUUGAAAAAAUAACGACACUCUUGCAAAAUAACGAAACUACACAGACAUCGCGGGAUACUACUAAAAUAACAACAACUACAAAACCUAAAUAUGAAUAUAAAAUUAACAACGAAAUAAAAGUGGAUCAACCUCUCGAAAUCGAACUGCAAAAUAAAAAAAAUAUCGCUUACGAACCCAAAGAUAUGCAAGGCGAUUCAUUUCCUUCGAUUUAUGCGUAUGGGUUACAAAAGCUUCGGUAUGUAAAUCUAUUUAAAAAACUUAACAAAGUAAAGGAGGAAUUACAUAUUUAUCCUCACGAUCCCACUGAAUUGGCCGCUGACCCUAAAAUAUAUCAAUACGAAAGGGACCGUAACAACCUUACUAAUAUAGAAACAAGUGCUCCGACAGACAUUCCGCCAACUACGCCUUCCACACCAGUGAGAGUAACAAAUUCAAGUACGACAGAACAAGUAACAAAUACUCCGACGGCAAGGCCAGUUAUUUUUACCACCCAUAACGCUUUUCUUAAAGACGAGCAUGUUUUAAAAAUAACACAGUCUUCACAGAGUGCUACUAACGGUACAGAUAUUGUAAAUAAAACUUGCACUACAACUGAAUCUGAAUUGAAGCCUUCCACUACUGCGCCUUCAACUCUAAAUAUUGCUACUGAAACAAAAAGUUCAGAUCCAAUACCAAGCGCCAAACAUGUCUUGAUUAAUCUAACUAUAUCUUCAGAUGAUGCAAACAAUGAUUCCUAUAAACCGCUAUAUUCAUUGACUGUAACAGUGCCUACAGUUGGCGAUAGUAAUGAAAUACCGACUAUAAAGAUAACGCCAAUCGAUACUGAGCCAACUAUGCCUACAAAUUUCAAUAAGCCGGUGACAAUAGAGAAUCCUAUAAAAACAACUAAAAACUUAGCGAAUACAGAGAAUUGGGGAGGAAGCUGCGAAUGCUCUUGUCCUGUAUGCGAUACUGUUACUACAGGUGACUUAUAUGAUGAUUAUGUAGAUAAAACCACUACCAAUAAAGCAAGUUCUGGAAUUAUGAGAGAUUCUACAGAAUCCAUGACUUAUAGAAAAAAUUUAACAUCAGACGUGCUAAUAAGAAGUACUACAGAUGAAACGAGAAUCACAGAGUCCCUAGAGACAACUUUAGAUGAUAUCUCAACGACAGUUUCCAGUAAGGAUGCAACUACCGAAUUUUCUACAAAAUUGGAUACGAUUACAACAAAAGACGUGACUACACUAGAUUCUUCAGAGUCAAACACUUUUGAUGACCUGACGACAACAGAUUCCACCAUUUUUACAACAGAAUCGGAUAUGUUUACAACUACAGGUGCUCCGAAAUGUUUAUGCCCCAAAGUAAAGCCUCCACCAAUACUUAUAUUGGAAGGUGCGCGAACGUUCCCCGCACAAUCUUUUCCUCCUGAUGGCACGACGUUUAAGCAAAUUACUUUAGGUGAAAAAUUAUCAAAAGAAAUCCCUCCAUAUAGUUACUGGAAUAUGCAAUUCUACCAAUCGGAAGCUGCUUACGUGAAGUUUGACUAUAUGAUACCCCGAGGAGCGUCCAUAGGAGUUUAUGCGAGGCGAAACGCUCUGCCGACGCAUACUCAAUAUCACUUCUUAGAAGUCCUAAGCGGAUUUAAAGCUCGAACUACUAGGGCUUCACAUCCGUCCGUAAAGAAAGAAGUAACCCACUACAUGGAACAAGGUCAUUGGUUUCUAUCUCUAUACAACGACGAUGGGGAUCCUCAGGAAAUUUCUUUCAUAGCCAUGGUCGCUGAUGACAUGACGCACAACUGUCCAAACGGAUGCUCCGGCAAGGGCGAGUGUCUUAUGGGGCACUGUCAAUGCCAGCCUGGGUUUGGAGGAGAUGAUUGCAGUGAGAGCGUGUGCCCUGUACUAUGCAGCCAAAGAGGAGAGUACAUAAACGGAGAGUGCCAAUGCAACCCUGGAUGGAAAGGCAAAGAGUGCUCAUUGCGUCACGAUGAAUGUGAAGUCCCAGACUGCAAUGGCCAUGGCCACUGCGUUAACGGCAAAUGCUCCUGUGUCCGAGGUUACAAAGGAAAGUUCUGUGAAGAAGUCGACUGUCCUCAUCCAACAUGUUCAGGCCACGGUUUUUGCAUCGAAGGCGCGUGCGUGUGCAAGAAAGGAUGGAAAGGUCUAGAUUGUGCUACGAUGGAUAAGGAUGCUCUGCAAUGCUUGCCGGAUUGUUCAGGACAUGGAACCUUCGAUGUUGAUACUCAAACCUGCACGUGCCAUGCUCGGUGGUCGGGUGAUGACUGCUCUAAAGAGGUUUGCGAUCUAGACUGCGGUCCACAUGGAAGAUGCGUCGGAGAAUCCUGCGUUUGCGAUUCAGGUUGGACAGGAGAGUAUUGCACAUCCAAACUUUGCGAUUCACGGUGCAGCGACCAUGGUCAAUGUAAAAACGGCACUUGUCUCUGCGUCUCUGGUUGGAAUGGACGUCAUUGCACAUUGGAAGGCUGCCCUAGAGGGUGUGCAGGACAUGGUCAGUGUAGAGUCGCGAAUGACGGUCAUUGGGAGUGCAAAUGCUUCGAUGGAUGGGACGGUCCAGACUGCACUACGCUGAAAGAACAAAUCUGUGAUGAUUCCAAGGAUAAUGACAAAGAUGGCUUAGUAGAUUGUGAAGACCCAGAAUGCUGCCAAAGCGCCGCCUGCAAAGGAAGCCAACUUUGCGUGUCCUCGCCCAAGCCAACAGAUAUUCUCCUCAGAAAGCAACCCCCAGCAAUCACCGCAUCCUUUUUCGAAAGAAUGAAGUUCCUCAUAGAUGAAGGCAGCCUCCAAAACUACGCCAAACAGGAAACAUUUAACGAAAGUAUGUUUUGGAAUCACUUCAACACGAGCCGUUCUGCGGUCAUAAGGGGUAGAGUGGUUACUUCUCUGGGUUCCGGUUUAGUCGGUGUAAGGGUGUCCACUUCCACGCCCUUGGAAGGGUUUACUUUAACGAGGGAGGACGGUUGGUUCGACCUCCUUGUGAACGGAGGGGGGGCUGUGACUCUUCACUUCGGGAGGGCGCCAUUCAAACGAUCCACGCAGGUCGUUUUUGUGCCUUGGAAUGAGGUUGUGAUAAUCGAUGAAGUGGUGAUGACAACAUUAGACGAUAAAGGUGGCAUGGGACCUCCUCAGGCAUGCCUUGCUCACGACUACGAUGCUAUGAAGCCUGUUGUCCUGGCCACAUGGAAGCAUGGCUUCCAGGGCGCUUGUCCUGAUAAGAGCGCUAUACUUGCAGAAUCUCAGGUGGUCCAAGAAAGUCUGCAAAUCCCAGGAACCGGCCUUAAUUUAGUCUACCAUAGCUCAAGAGCAGCAGGAUACCUCUCCACAAUCCAACUCCAACUUACCCCAGAAAAAGUCCCAGCCACAUUAGCUCUAAUACAUCUGAGGAUUACCAUUGAAGGAAUUCUUUUCGAGAAAACGUUUGAAGCAGAUCCAGUUAUUAAGUUCACAUAUCCAUGGAAUCGACUGAACGUGUAUAGACAAAGAGUAUAUGGAGUGACUACAGCAUUAGUCAAAGUUGGUUAUCAAUACACUGAUUGUAAAGACAUAAUCUGGAAUGUACAGACGACGAAAUUGAGUGGUCACGAUAUGAGUAUUUCUGACGUUGGUGGGUGGAAUUUGGAUAUCCAUCACAGAUACAAUUUCCAUGAAGGCAUACUUCAAAAAGGUGACGGUACUAACAUCUAUCUGAAACACAAACCUCGUCUCAUUAUCACCGCCAUGGGAGACGGUCGUCAGCGGGCACUUGACUGCGGCAACGAAUGUUCUGGAGCCGCAGUAAAGCAAAGACUACUUGCCCCCGUAGCACUAGUUGCAGCACCUGAUGGCUCCAUCUUUGUGGGAGAUUUUAAUCUUGUCAGGAAAAUCAACACCGAUGGCACAGUUAGAACUGUUGUCAAAUUAAAUGCCACACAGGUAUCCUACCGAUAUCACAUGGCUCUUUCACCAUUGGACGGAACGCUUUACAUUUCUGAUCCAGAGUCCCAUCAAAUCAUCAAAGUUCGCAACACUGAUGAUUUCAGCGAUCCCGAAAGAAACUGGGAAACUGUUGUAGGUUCAGGAGAAAGAUGUCUUCCGGGAGAUGAAGCACACUGCGGUGACGGUGCUUUAGCAAGAGACGCAAAAUUGGCUUAUCCAAAAGGUGUUGCUGUAUCAACUGAUAACGUUGUAUAUUUCGCCGAUGGAACCAAUAUAAGAAUGGUAGACAGAGAUGGCAUCAUCACGACAGUCAUUGGGAAUCAUAUGCAUAGAGCUCAUUGGAAACCAAUACCAUGUGAAGGAACGUUGAGUGUAGAAGAAGUUCAUUUGAGGUGGCCGACGGAACUAGCAAUCAAUCCGCUAGAUAACAGCUUACACAUCAUCGAUGACCAUAUGAUUCUACAAAUGGCUCCAGAUGGAAGAGUAAAGGUUAUUGCCGGAAGACCCCUUCAUUGCCCAUCGCCUUUGACAGGAUAUGACAUGGAACUGGCAACUUAUGCUACUCUUGUAAUGCCACAAAGCAUUGCGUUCGGUGCUGCUGGUGAUUUGUAUGUAGCUGAAAGCGAUUCGCAAAGGAUCAAUAGAGUGAGGCUCAUUACUACUGAUGGAAAAAUUUCUUUGUACGCCGGUGCUGAAUCAAAGUGCAAUUGUUUAGAAAGAGGUUGUGAUUGUUUCGAAGCAGAUCAUUUCUUAGCGUCUAACUCAAAAUUCAAUACCAUCUCAGCAGUAACUGUAAGUCCUGACGGUAUUGUCCAUAUAGCUGACCAGGCUAACUACAGAAUUAGAUCAGUUAUGGCUAGCAUUCCGGAUGCGAGUGGCGUAAGAGAAUAUGAAAUUUACGCACCAGACACGCAAGAAACUUAUAUAUUUAAUAGAUUUGGGCAACACGUAAUGACCAAGAACAUUCUCACUGGCGAAAACAACUACGUGUUUACCUAUACGGUUAACACGAGUAAUGGAAAACUUAGCACUGUGACUGACGCUGCCGGCAACAAAGUCUUCUUGCUUCGUGAUUACUCUAGUCUUGUAAACUCAAUUGAGAACACCAAGGGACAGAAGUGUAGACUGAAAAUGUCACGAAUGAAAAUGCUCCAAGAAUUGCGAACACCAGACAAUUUCAAUAUGACUUUCGACUAUCACGGCACAACGGGAUUACUCAAAGCAAAAUAUGACAGCACUGGAAGAAGUUAUAUUUACAAAUAUGACGAAUUUGGAAGAUUGACUUCGGCUGUAACUCCAACUGGAAGAAUAAUUAAUCUUACGUUCGAUUUAAGUCUGAAAGGUGCCACUGUUCUUGUAAGCGAAAACAAUAGGAAACCAGUUUCAAUACUUAUUAAAGGUUCAUCGGUAAAUACAAAGGUUGGCGAGGCCGAAACGAAGACAAUUAUUUCAACUGAUGGUAGUAUAUCGUCUAGCAUGCCAUGGGGUCAUAUCAUAUCCACCGACACCGUACCAUAUACGAUUCUAUCGGAAAUCGAUCCUAUACUGGGUGAAAGCUAUCCUGUUCCAGCUAAACAAAGAACUGAAGUCGGUGGUGAUUUAGCUAAUCGCUUCGAAUGGCGAUACUUUUUACGAAGACUGCAAUCUAAUAAAGGAAAGAGCAGCAAGGCAGUGGCCCAGAUAGGUCGUAAACUUCGAGUUAACGGAGAAAAUCUAUUGACCUUGGAAUACGAUAGAGACACGUCCACAGUUGCAGUAUUUAUGGACGAUAAAGUAGAGUUAUUGAAUGUCACCUAUGACAGAAUGGCUAGACCGGUUAAAUGGGGACCUAGAAGUGGUAUCUUUGCAGAAGUCGAACUCGACUAUGAUAGAUUCAAUAGGCUUACAAGUUGGCGUUGGGGAGAGUUAAAUGAGACCUAUGGAUAUGACAGAGCAGGAAGAUUGCACGAAAUUCGAAAUGGUGAUGGUUCUUCUUUGGCUUACUCGUUUAGAGAUAUGUUCACAAGCUUACCUCUCAAAGUUACAACGCCAAGAGGGAGUGACUAUCUCUUGGAUUACGAUGAUUCUGGUGCUCUUCAAAACCUCACUACACCAAGGGGACAUAUUCAUACAUUUGCUCUAAUGACAUCUUUGGGCUAUUUCAAGUACCAAUACUUCUCACCAAUGAAUAGGCAUCCGUACGAAAUACUGUACAACGAUGACGGUCAUAUUUUGGCUAAAAUAUUUCCUCAUCAAUCUGGCAAAAUCCUAUACGUUUACGAUAGUACUGGGAAGCUAGAAACCAUACUUGCCGGCGCAUCGGCUAUUCGAUAUGUUUACCAUGAAAAUACCCAUCUCGUGAAAAAUGUAGAAAUAUCUGACCCAGAUUACGAAUUGAGACAAGACUAUAAAUAUCAUGCAGGCAUUCUUAAAGACGAGAAGAUGAAAUUCAAUUCAAAGAGUGGACUGAAUAAUGCUCAUUUCAAAUAUCAAUAUGAUGGCAAUGCACGUCUUUCUACUAUAGACAUGAACAUCAAUAGCAAGGAAAUGCCGCAAUUAAGAUUGAAGUACAACCAAAAUCUCGGUAUCUUAGAGGGCGUAAGCGAUUUGAGAAUCUACAGAAACACAUUCAACCGUUCAGUAAUGCAAGACACAAGCAAGCAAUACUUUACGAUUACCGAUUACGAUGAUCACGGCAGAAUCAAAACGGUUCUCAUGAACAUCAAGUCAUUCGACGUAUUCCGUCUUGAACUGGAAUACGAUGUAAGGAAUCGCAUUAAAUCGAAGAAGAUGAUGAUUGGCGACACAUCGUCUAACGAACGAGUUAGUUAUAAUUACGACGGUCACCUUAUGGAGGUGGUUGGAUCCGAGGAUGAUUGGAAAUACGUUUUCGAUGAGAACGGCAACAUCAUUGGCAUUAUUGAACAUGGCGAUAAACGUUACCUCGGCUACGAUAUCGGCGAUAGAGUCGUUCAGUACGGGGAUAUUGAAUUCAGUAGCUAUGAUGGCCGUGGAUUUGUCAUACGACGCGGAGAGCAAAAAUACCGUUACAAUUCUCGUGGACAAUUUGUUCAUGCAUUUGAAAGGGAUAAGUUCCAGAUGUGGUAUUUCUAUGAUGAUAGAAACCGGCUGGUAGCUUGGAAGGAUGAUAAGGAUAACAUAACACAAUUCUUCUAUACAAACCCUCAAACACCCAAUCUCAUUACGCACAUGCAUUACCCAAAAUCAGAAAAAACUAUUCGAUUCUUGUACGACCAAAGAGAUUUCUUAACCUGCAUCGAAACAGAGGAUCAACGUUUCUAUGUGGCUACCGAUCACAACGGCUCGCCUCUUGUCAUAUUUGAUGUGAAUGGUGAAAUUAUAAAAGAAAUAAAACGCAGUCCUUUCGGAAAGAUAGUUAAAGAUACAAAUCCAGGAUUUUACUUACCUGUGGACUUCCAAGGUGGUAUAUUUGACUAUAACACCAAUUUGGUAUAUUUGGAGAACCGUUUGUACGAUCCCGUGGUUGGACAAUGGAUGACGCCAAGCUGGGAACAUUUAGCAACUAAAUUAAGUUUGCCUACAGACAUUUUCAUAUACAGAUUUAGAAAUAAUGAUCCUAUUAAUCGAGAUCAGAAUGUACCUUAUAUGACAAGUUUAUCCAGCUGGCUUCAACUGUACGGUUACGACUUAGAAAAGAUGAUGGGCGCAAAAUACAUAACUGAUAUGAUAUUCCAACCGAGGACAUCAGUUACGGCUCCUCAACUUGCUCCUGACUUUGGUGUUAUGUCUGGCCUUCAAUGUAUUAUUGAAAAGGUGAACGAUAAACUAUCCGACAUCGAAUUUGUUCCGACGCCACUACUAAAAAUGGAACCAAUCACAAGAAACCUACUUCCAAGAGUCUCCUACAAACGUGGCGUUUUUGGGGAAGGUGUUCUCAUAUCCAGAGUUGAUGGAAAAGCAUUCAUAAGCGUGGCAGACGGCGCAAACAGCGUCGUAGAAGACGUUAUAACUACUGUGUUCAACAAUUCGUAUUUCUUGGAUGUCCACUUCAGCAUUCAUGACCAGGAUGUAUUCUACUUCGUCAAGGAUAAUUCCCUGAAGAUAAGAGACGAUAUGGAAGAGCUAAGACGGUUGUCUGGCAAGUUCAAUGUAUCGCAGGACGAGACCAACGAUCAAGGUUUAGAGGUUCGAGUACAUGCAGUUGGAAAAGGUUCUGCCCAAGCGGUAAUUGUCUUGCGGUACGGAGUGGAUCCAGCACAAGAACGAAUCAAGCUUCUUAAGCAUGCUCAUAAAAGAGCAGCUGCUCGAGCUUGGGAAAGAGAGAAGGCUCUAGUAGCCGCUGGUUGGGAAGGAAGAGGAUCCUGGACCGAAGAGGAAAAGGAGGAACUCAUAUCCCACGGUAUAGUGGAUGGAUGGGCAGCCAGGGAUGUCCACUCCGUCUCUAGAUACCCACAAUUGGCAGAUGACCCAGCGAACAUAGUGUUCGUUCGCGACGGUAGAAGGAAACGAAGAAAGAGUGGCCGCGCGCGUCAUCGCUCGUGACUUCUCUAAACGUGCCAUAAAACCGCGCAAUUUUACUUUCUGCGCCAAAACAAGAUGGCGCUUGCGUUCGAAUACGCGUAGGAAGUUUUAUUUACUAUUUUUAUAGGACUGACGUUUUUGGUGGACUAUGUAUGUGAAGUUCUUGUGAUGGAAGUAGUGUAGACGCAUUUAGGUUUCCCUGGACUGAUGAAAGGAUUCUACUGAGGUGGCUCGGCUAGAAUAGGAUUUGUGAAGCGGACAAAUGGUUACAUUGGAAUCUUUAGGAAGUAGGACACUUUUGGUUUGCUUAAUCUUAGAGAAACAUACCCUUUUUAAAAUCCUAUGUUUUAUAAUACACUCUCUUAAUCGAUCUUUAAUGAAUCUCUUGAAAUAACUUACGACAGGGUAACGAGUCAUAAAAAAAAACAUUUAAAAUAACGCUUAAUAAUGAACUGAGCAUAAUAUUUUAAAAACUGAAAAUACUCAUACUCGAUCACAAUUUAACUACUAAUCAAUUUUGAUAUUAUUUUACAUUAUUUUUAAUCCUAUAUACGUACGUCGCUUAGAUUAAUGUAAUUUUUCACAAAACUCAUGUAUUCCUAACGUAUUUUAGCCAAAUAUUUCUUUCAAUCCCUACAUUUAGGUAUUUGUAAAUAAGUAAUAUUUUAUUCUUGUAGUUGUUCCUUUUGUAUUGUUAGACCUAAGGUCCUUCUAUUACUUCGCAAUA